AUGGCUGGGCAGCCAUCUGCUGGAAAUAGGAACGACCUGCUUCUCGACUUCGACGAUGAUCGACCUGUGUAUAAUGACGGGCAGCGACCUCCGAUGAACGACGAUGAUCUGUUGCGCGCAUACAAUGCUGACCAUGGAGACCUAAAUCCCCGGCCGUCGGUUUCCUACGAUGACUUUGUUGGAGGAGCGGGAGAACCGGCACAAUCAUCUGGCAGACCUUUACCUGGCGGUCCAGGGACUGCUCCUACCAGAGGAGGGCCAUAUGUGACUGGAGAAGGAACGAGGACCUACAGUCAGUCGUCAGGUUUGGGAAAUUACCAGCGGUAUGCGGAUGACAUGGAUGAUUUUCCUGACGAUGGCGCUUCAUCGUACUACCAGGCGGGCGGUGCCUUACCAGGUGAUGGAGCUGGUGUCCCAAUGGGGGGUCGAGUAAAGAAAGGAAACCGGAAUAGUGUGCUGAGUUUGGGCGGUGGAUUGAUGGGCAGGGCGAAGAACAUGCUAGGGAUGGGACCUGAAUAUUCAGAGAUGGAUUUACCAUUAACAGAACCCGGAGGACGAGCGACUACCGAUCCCAAUUCGCCCGAUACGCCUAAGCCAGCAGCGAAGAAAUUUGAUGUAGGAAAGUUCAAGUUUGGAUUUGGAAGGGGAAAACCGGAUCCUUCGACCCUUGGUCCCCGAAUAAUACAUCUCAACAAUCCUCCUGCGAAUUCCGCGAAUCGUUAUGUGGACAACCAUAUUUCAACAGCAAAGUACAAUAUUGCGACCUUCCUACCAAAAUUUCUCUUCGAACAAUUUUCCAAAUUUGCGAAUCUUUUUUUCUUAUUCACUGCUGCGUUACAACAGAUACCCAACAUUUCACCUACGAAUCGAUAUACGACUAUUGGACCCUUGAUUCUGGUCCUGGCGGUGUCUGCUGGAAAGGAAUUGGUGGAGGACUACAGGCGAAAAACUUCCGAUAAGUCGCUGAAUAAUUCAAAGGCGAGGGUGCUAAAAGGUUCUUCGUUUGUAGACACGAAAUGGGUGAACGUAGCCGUGGGAGAUAUUGUACGUGUGGAAUCGGAGGAACCCUUUCCAGCAGACAUUGUUUUGCUGGCGAGUUCUGAGCCGGAAGGUCUUUGCUAUAUCGAAACGGCAAAUCUUGAUGGAGAGACUAAUUUGAAAAUUAAGCAAGCUAUUCCUGAGACAUGUGAGAUCAUCGAAUCAAGCCAGAUGAGUAGAUUAGGAGGAAAGCUCCGUUCCGAACAACCCAACAGUAGCCUGUACACAUACGAGGCGACGUUGACUCUUUCAGCUGGUGGUGGGGAGAAGGAGCUUCCUCUGCAGCCAGAUCAACUGCUUCUCAGAGGAGCUACCUUGCGAAACACUCCUUGGAUCCAUGGUAUUGUCGUAUUUACCGGCCACGAAACGAAACUCAUGAGAAAUGCCACGGCUACCCCUAUCAAGCGAACUGCCGUUGAGCGACAGCUCAAUAUGCUUGUUCUCAUGCUGAUUGGUAUUCUAAUUAUUCUCAGUGUCAUCAGUUCUAUUGGAGAUCUUAUCAUCCGAAUCAAACGUGGAGCGGAAUUAUCGUACCUUGGUUACGCGGCUUCUACCACAGCGUCAGAGAAGGCUCGGCAGUUUGGCUCUGACAUAUUCACAUAUUGGGUCCUUUACUCUGCUCUUGUUCCUAUCUCUCUGUUCGUUACAAUUGAGUUGGUCAAAUACUGGCACGCCAUCCUCAUUAAUGACGAUCUCGAUAUGUACUACGACAAAAUGGACACCCCAGCAGUCUGUCGAACUUCUAGUUUGGUCGAAGAAUUGGGCAUGGUCGAAUACAUUUUCUCCGACAAAACCGGUACGUUAACAUGUAAUCAGAUGGAGUUCAAGUCCUGUUCGAUUGCUGGUAUACAGUAUUCGGUAGACGUUCCAGAAGACCGCCGUGCUGUCAUGCAAGACGAUGGUACCGAGGUUGGAGUUCAUGACUUUACCCGAUUAAAGGAGAACAUGAAAACACAUGAGUCCGCGGAAGGCAUUAAACAGUUUUUAACGCUACUUUCAACUUGCCAUACUGUCAUUCCAGAAAGGGUUGAGGAAAAGGGUGGAGCUAUCAAGUAUCAAGCGGCCUCGCCUGAUGAGGGCGCUCUUGUUGAGGGUGCUGUAAUGAUGGGUUACCAAUUUACUGCACGGAAGCCGCGAUCUGUCCAAAUCACAGUUGAAGGACGAGAAUAUGAGUAUGAGCUUCUCGCCGUCUGUGAGUUCAAUUCUACUCGGAAGCGUAUGUCAGCAAUCUUCAGAUGCCCAGAUGGAAAGAUCAGAUGUUAUUGCAAGGGUGCCGAUACAGUUAUCCUUGAACGUCUGAGCGCAAAUAACCCACACACCGAGCUCACACUUCAACAUCUGGAAGACUAUGCCUCUGAAGGUUUAAGAACUCUUUGUCUAGCCAUGCGUGAGAUUCCAGAAGAGGAGUUCAAGCAGUGGUGGCAGAUCUUUGAGAAAGCGCAAACCACAGUUAGUGGAAAUCGUGCCGAUGAGCUUGAUAAAGCAGCCGAACUUUUAGAAAAGGAGUUCUAUCUCCUAGGUGCAACAGCUAUCGAGGAUCGUCUCCAGGAUGGUGUCCCAGAGACUAUUCAUACUCUACAAGAAGCAGGUAUCAAAGUCUGGGUACUGACUGGCGAUCGACAAGAAACCGCGAUCAACAUUGGUAUGAGUUGUAAAUUGAUCAGUGAGGACAUGACUCUCCUCAUUGUCAACGAAGAAACUGCUGGAGCUACUAGAGACAAUAUACAGAAAAAGCUUGACGCUAUCCGGACACAAGGCGACGGCACCAUUGCUAUGGACACCUUGGCUCUUGUCAUUGAUGGAAAAUCACUUACUUAUGCUCUAGAGAAAGAUUUGGAGAGAAAUUUCCUUGAUCUUGCUGUCAUGUGCAAAGCUGUGAUAUGUUGUCGAGUCUCACCACUGCAGAAGGCUCUGGUUGUCAAGCUUGUGAAACGUCAUCUGAAGGCUAUUCUUCUCGCCAUUGGCGAUGGAGCAAACGAUGUUUCCAUGAUUCAAGCCGCCCACAUCGGAGUCGGUAUUAGUGGCAUGGAAGGUCUCCAAGCUGCGCGCAGUGCGGACGUGGCCAUUGGCCAGUUUAGAUAUUUGAGGAAGUUGCUGCUCGUUCAUGGAGCCUGGAGUUAUCAGAGAAUUAGUAAAGUCAUUCUUUACUCGUUCUACAAGAACAUUACUUUGUACAUGACACAGUUCUGGUAUUCGUUCCAAAACGCCUUCUCUGGAGAAGUUAUCUAUGAAUCUUGGACACUUUCGUUCUACAAUGUCUUCUUCACCUUCUUCCCGCCUCUGGCAAUGGGCAUCUUUGAUCAGUUUAUCUCUGCGCGUCUCCUCGAUCGGUAUCCGCAGCUCUACCAAAUUGGACAAAAGAAUACAUUCUUUAAGAUGCAUUCUUUCGCCUCAUGGGUCGGAAAUGGUUUCUACCACUCUUUGAUCCUGUACAUCGGUAGUCAGGUUAUUUGGCUCUACGAUCUUCCUCAGGCUGACGGUAAGACUGCCGGUCAUUGGGUUUGGGGUACUGCCUUGUACACAGCCGUUCUUGCUACUGUUCUGGGCAAGGCAGCACUUGUCACGAAUAUCUGGACGAAAUAUCACGUCAUCGCCAUUCCGGGUAGUAUGAUUAUCUGGAUGAUCUUCCUAUCCGUUUAUGCCACUGUGGCUCCGAAAUUGGGGUUUUCUACGGAGUAUGAGGGUGUUGUACCCAGAUUGUUUCCUAGUGCGGUGUUCUGGUUGCAAGGACUCGCACUCCCAAUCAUUUGUCUCUCGCGAGACUUUGCGUGGAAAUACGCAAAACGAAUGUAUUAUCCACAAACAUAUCACCACAUUCAAGAAAUUCAGAAAUACAAUAUCCAAGAUUACAGACCUAGAAUGGAACAAUUCCAAAAAGCCAUUCGCAAAGUACGACAAGUGCAACGUAUGCGCAAACAGCGUGGUUAUGCCUUCUCGCAGGCGGACGAGUCACAAACUAGAGUGUUGCAAGCUUAUGAUACCACCAGAGAACGUGGUAGGUAUGGUGAGAUGGCGAGUUCUAAGCCUACCCAAGGUGGAUUUUGA